AUGCCGCAGGUACGCAAAGCUAAAGUGAAAAUCCAAGCAGUGGAUUCUCAAGGCCAACCUUUACCAAACGCAACUGUCUCCUUGGCACAACAGAAGAACAAUUUCCCGUUUGGCAAUGCAAUAAGCCAACACAUCCUAAACAACAAAGCCUACCAAGAUUGGUUUACUUCAAGAUUCAUGUACACAGUUUUCGAAAACGAAAUGAAAUGGUACGCCAACGAGAAAAUCCCCGGCCAACUAGACUACAACGUAGCUGAUGCUAUGCUUAGUCUUGUCCAAAAAUAUAACAUUAAAGUCCGCGGCCACAAUGUCUUUUGGGAUAAUCCUCAGAAUAUGCCCUCGUGGGCGCGCUAUCUUUCACCAGCACAGUUAUCCGCAGCUGCAUCAAGAAGGAUAAAUUCAGUGAUGAAUAGAUAUUUAGGCCAACUUAUUCAUUGGGAUGUUGUGAAUGAAAAUGUCCACUUCUCGUUCUUAGAGCAGAUGCUAGGGAAGAAUGCGUCUGAUGUUUACUACAAAAAGGCUAAUGAAAUUGAUAGCAAGGCAAUUCCAUUCUUGAAUGAAUUCAAUACGCUUGAACAUGGAUUUGAUGGAACUUCAACUCCAGCUAAGUACCUAGAAAAGAUUAAAGAGCUUCGAUCCCAUGGUUACAAUGGCCCUUUAGGCAUUGGACUCCAGGGACAUUUUGUCACCCCAAAUUUGCCUUAUAUAAGAUCUUCUCUUGAUAUUCUGGCUUCAGCUGGAUUGCCAAUUUGGAUCACCGAGUUAGAUGUUGCAAAUACCACCAACCAGGAGUUAUAUUUGGAGAAAAUAAGGGAGGUACAUGCACAUCCAGGAGUGAAAGGGAUAAUGAUGUGGGCACCAUGGAAUCCUAAAGGAUGUUACAGGAUGUGUUUGACUGAUAAUAAUUUCAAGAAUUUGCCUACUAGAGAAAAUUAUAUAGGAAUGGAAUCACCAGGAUUUGGCCCUUUUAAUGUCCUUUGC